AUGGCAUGCAUGAUCUGCGCGAACAACGACGCUGAGCGCCGCUGGGCAUGCGUGUGGUGCUACCUCCGCAUCUGCGUCGACUGCAGCGUCGAACUGCAGAAGGCGCCUGGUCGGAAUCUGCAGAGCGUGCUGGAAAAGAGAGCUGCGGAAGCUACGUACGCGGGUGACGAGUACGAGGAGGAAGGGAUGCACCCGGGGUUUGAAGCUAGUGGACUGGGAAAUGCGAAUGUGAAUGUCAACGUCAACGGUAAGAGGCAUGAUAGUGGGAAUUCGAACCCGAGUUUUGUGGUGUGGGAUGCUGAUGCUGAGGAUGUAGGCGAGAGGGUGGACUUUAGCUGA